AUGGAUACUCCAGCAAAUGAAAACGAAAAGAUUUGGAUGAAAGUGAAAUCAUCAUCUGGAAUUGAAGAAUUAGUUCCAAGAUUAGUUGAUGUUCAAUCAGCAAAAAAUUCAAAAAAUCGAUUAAAAUAUCGAUGUUGUUUAUUAUUUCUUCUCUUAUUACUUAUCGGAUUAAUUCUUUUAGCCAUUCUUCUUCCAAUUUAUCUUCUCAAACACAAAACAUCAAUUACCAUAAAUAAUUCAACAACAUCAUCAUCAUCAAUAACAACGGCAACACCACAAAUAACGUGUAUUUAUCCAAAUGUUUAUAAUAAUUUAACAAAAACUUGUGUGAAUAUUUUAAUUGAUUCGAAUAAUUGUGGUCAAAUCAAUAAUAAAUGUUCAUUGAAUAUGAGUUGUUCAGCUGGAAUAUGUGUUGAUGUACCUGGAAUUUUAUUAAAUAAUAGUAAAACUAUAUUUUCCUCAUCUGUAAAUGGUUCAGCUGAUGAUCAAAUGUUUAAUGUGACACUUCCAUGGCCUAUUACUAUUUAUAACAGAACAACAAACAUAGUUAUCGUUACAACGGAUGGAGUUCUUUGUUUGGAUGCGUGUUCAACAAUAUAUACGGAAACGAAUUUACCUUCGAAUGUUUUUCCAGGUGUAACGAUAUUUCCAUAUUGGGACGAUUUGUAUAUCUAUUCGAAUACAUCUCAAGGUAUUUAUUAUCAAUCCGAUGGAAAUAAUCCAAAUCGAUUAUUAACAUUUGAAUUUUAUAUGAGUCAUUAUCAAUUACCAAGAGAAUAUUAUCAUUUUCAAGUUUUAUUUUUUGAAAAUUCGUCAAAUAUUGUUCAAGUAAAAUAUUUUCAAGUAUCGGAUCGAGGUUCAACAUGUACAAUUGGAGUUCAAGCAUCAAUAAAAUAUUUUCAAGUAUCGGAUCGAGGUUCAACAUGUACAAUUGGAGUUCAAGCAUCAAGUACAGGUCCUUUUAUUUCAUAUUCUUAUGAUCAAGAAAAUUCCAUUGACCCAAAUACGUCAAUCAUUUUCAAUACAAAUCUUGGAACAUUUAAUAAAACUUCAUUCGAGUCAUAA